AUGUCGACCUCAGCCCGUCGUCGUCUCAUGCGCGACUUCAAGCGUAUGCAAACCGACCCUCCUGCCGGUGUCUCGGCCUCUCCGGUAGCUGACAAUGUCAUGACCUGGAAUGCCGUUAUCAUCGGUCCUGCUGAUACUCCCUUUGAGGAUGGCACAUUCCGUCUUGUCAUGCAUUUUGAAGAGCAGUACCCGAACAAGCCUCCUGGUGUUAAAUUCAUCAGCCAGAUGUUCCAUCCGAAUGUAUACGGUACGGGCGAGCUGUGCCUGGAUAUUCUGCAGAAUCGUUGGAGCCCAACGUAUGACGUGGCGGCCAUUCUCACCAGUAUUCAAAGUCUGCUUAACGACCCAAACACAUCAUCACCUGCCAAUGUCGAGGCAUCCAAUCUCUACAAAGACAACCGGAAGGAGUACAUCAAGCGUGUGCGCGAGACCGUCGAGAAGAGCUGGGAAGACUAG